UACGGAAUGCACAAAGGGACAAAACUGUGUCUUAUCUGGUUCUUGUAACCGCAAUAGCAGCAAUCGUUUGUCUUCUAUGCAUUGCAAUAAUUUCUACUGUGUUUUUCAGUGGCAUACAAUGUGCCUUAUGUGCAAUUUGUGCUUUUCCGCUCUUUGAAGUUGCAUGAAAUUAAAGACGAAACGCUACAAGGUCGCGCACUGUGUGACGUCAGCGGUUGUGUUUUGGUUAGUAGUAGCUAGCCAGUAGAGGUUGCGAAAGAUUAGCACGGUUGCUAAUGAUUUGUGCUGGAAAUACACAGUCCUCGAGUUUCUAAUGGUGUUAUUUGGACGUUGGAGUGAUUUGACUAAUGGUCGCAGUGUACAGUUUGUGAGAAAUGCAGGGAGACUAUAAUUUACCGGAAAUAGGAUUUGUACAACAAAUUCUAAGUUUGAAUUUGGUCCCAAGGAAAAAUGCUACCUGUGGGAGAAACGACACGUCCCUGUGUGACUUUUCAGAGAUGUGGUAUGGUGUGUUCCUGUGGGCUGGAGUGUCUUCACUGGUGUUCCACCUUCCCGCAGCUCUACUGGCCCUCGCCACUCUACGCGGACAUAAGAUAGCACGCUUCUUUCCCCUCGCCAUCAUGCUCAUGGCCAUUAUAGGUCCUCUGUUGGGAGGCGUGCUCACCAGUGCAGCCAUAGCAGGGGUCUACAUGGCAGCAGGGAAGAGGAUGAUCUCGCUGGAGGCUUUCGUGUUUGGAGUAGGACAGUCUUUCUGUGUUCUUGUUAUCUCUUUCCUCAGAGUGUUGGCCACGCUGUAGCACUGAGGAGCCUGGGAGACUGUGAGAGCGCUGGACCUGCUUCACUUCCCCUGGAUGUUAUAUGCAAAAACACUGAGGCCUUAUUUUCCACUUCUGUACCCACACAUUUCAGAGAGCCAUUUCUCCCUUCAAAUGUUUUAGGUGGACCUUGUUUCUCUGUGAACAGUGGACAGAUGGCAAGCUGGGUUUAAUAUCAGAGCUGUCCUUGAUUCACAAGUCCUUUGAAGAUGUCUUACUUGUAGGUUUGCUGAUAAAUCAUGCAGGCAAACCUUACAGGAAAAAGCUGCAAGCAGCUCCUCAGAACAACAUUUUUCGACUUCUCUAAACAAAAUCUCACUUUCUCUGUGUUUUACAGAGGUGAACAUCAUCAUCAUGAUCUCACCCCAUUUGGAAAACCUGAACAUCAUUCAUGUUGUAAUUGUUGAAAUAUUUUACCUUCAGUGUACACUUAGCAAAAAAUUUUAUAUCCUAAAGGUUGUUUUUUUUUCCAUGACAUUUUGAACUUCUUUGCGCAUUUAGUGUUCUAAUGUACAAUGUAAAAUUUUUUUGCCAUUCAGUUUUUACACACUUACAUUAUUUAACAUGUACAUUAUAAAUUCACUAAGCAUUCUAUUAGGAACAGCUUUAAACGUAGUCAUUCACUGUGUGGCAGCACUGUAACUCAUAAAAUCAUGCAGCUGCACGCAGCAGCUUCAGGUAAUUAACCAUCACAUCAAACAUCUAAGCUCUGUGGUUGUUGUCAAUAAAGCGGCUGGUUUAAGUAUUUCUUUAAUUGCUGAUCUUCUGGGAAUUUAACACAAUGGUCUCUAGAGGUUUUGUCAGAAGAGAAUUUGCAGGCUGAAACUCCUUGUUGAUGAGCGAGUGCAGAGGAGAAUGACCAGACAGCUCUGCACUGACAUGACUGGGAACCUGUUCAACCCCAAAUGGAAAGAACAAAUUCACCUGGUCUUCAACUGUCUAGUGUCCGUGCUUACCAUAGACUUCUUCCAUGAUGGAUUCUUGUUGUAUCUUCUGCUUAUUUGAGUUACUAUUGACUUCUUUUCAGCUCUAAAUGACUCUGAGUAUCCUCUGAUCUCCCAUCAACAAGGUGUUUCAGCCUGCACUUUUUUUUUUAAUGGUUUUCAUGUUGUCGUGUAAACUCUAGAGGCUUUGUGUGAACAUCCCAGGAGAACCGCAGUUUGACACAGACCAGCCCAUCUGCCACCACCACCAUGCCAUGGCUAUUUAAUAUAUCAUGCUUAUGCCACAUACUGUAAUUGGGACGAUUAGAUUACAUUAGACUACAUUAAUUUACUUGUGUACCUGCUAAUUUGGACAGUGAGUGUUUAUUCUUCCAUUGGCAUUGUUCGUAUAUUUCAUGUAAAUGUCAGUUUUGCUUUCCACCAAAGAAAUUUUAAUGCUAAUAUAAAUGUAUUGUAUAAUUUACCUACUGUGACCUUUGAUCUUGUCCUGAAAAGGCUUUAUGCAAUUAAAUGACUCCUAAGUCAAAAAGCACAGCAUAAAGUU